UCGUUGUCUCUCCUUCAUUUCAGUCCUGAUCCUUGAGCUGAACAGACUUCAUGACUUUAUCUCCGUCAGAAUAAAAAGAAACGGAACCUCAGGUGGGACAUCUCACUAUGGAGCCGAAGACUGUGACUCUCCUGAUGAUAAUAAGCCUUCAUGGAGCGACGGCAGUGACUCACUCUCUGAAGUAUUUCUACACUGCGUCCUCUGGAGUCCCAAACUUCCCAGAGUUUGUGGCUGUUGGGUUGGUUGAUGUUCAGAUGGUUCACUAUGACAGUAACACCAGGAGAGCAGAACCCAAACAGGACUGGAUGAGCAAAGCCACAGAAGAUGAUCCUACGUACUGGCAGGGGCAGACGAAACUUUUGGGCUCCCAGCAGACCUUCAAAGCCAACAUUGAAACAGCAAAACAGCGCUUCAACCAGACUGGAGGUGUCCACAUUAACCAGAGGAUGUACGGCUGUGAUUGGGAUGAUGAGACCGAUGAGGUCAAAGGUUAUUUUCAAGAUGGUUAUGAUGGAGAAGACUUCAUAUCAUUUGACCAGAAGACAGAGACAUGGAUCGCUCCCAAACCACAGGCUGUCAUCACCAAACACAAGUGGGAUAAUAACAGAGCUGAGAUAGCACAGGAAAAGAACUACCUGACUCAGAUUUGUCCUGAGUGGCUGAAGAAGUAUGUGAACCACGGGAGGAGCUCUCUGAUGAGAACAGAGCGUCCCUCAGUGUCUCUCCUCCAGAAGACUCCCUCCUCUCCAGUCAGCUGCCACGCUACAGGUUUCUACCCUGACAGAGCUUCACUGUUCUGGAGGAGAGAAGGAGAGGAGCUCCAUGAGGACGUGGACCACGGAGAGAUCCUCCCCAACCAGGAUGGAUCCUUCCAGAUGAGCGUUGACCUGAAACUUCCAUCAGUCCCAGCUGGAGACUGGGGGAGGUACGAGUGUGUGUUUCAGCUGUCUGGUGUGACGGAGGACAUCGUCACCAGACUGGACAAAGCUGUGAUCAGGACCAACCAAGAGAACACUUCCAUGACCAUCAUCAUCAUCAUUGCAGUGGCUGUUCUUGCUCUCGUCCUCAUCGCUGGUGUUGGAUUCAUGGCUUACAAAAAGAAGAAAGCCAAAUGCCCUCCGCCUUCUGACAACAGCUCUGAGCUCUCUAAAAGACUGAAUCCUGACUCUGAAUGAUGAACUCAGCGCCCGGCACACAGUUUAUGGAUCAAUAUUACACUGGAUCAAGAAAUGCUGGACUACAUUGUCCUCCAUAAACUGUGAACUCAUCGAUUAUUCAUCAUUAAUAUCAUAUCUGAUUGAAUCAGGGUUGGGGAUCUAGUUGUAGAUGCUUAAUGAUUGGAAUAAAAAAAAAAAACACAUUUGAAAACUAUGAGCCAACAUAAAUGGUGACAGUAAAUUAUUUGGAUUGUUUAGUUUCAAUCAAAAAAAUUGAAUUUCCUCUGAUAAAAUGUUUGCUUUAAUAAAAUGAGGAUGAUAAGUUUUGGAGAGAAGUCAAACAGGAUCUUCAGAACAAUGAAAGCAUCACAGCACUCUUCACACAUAAAUAUGUGUGUGUUCAUCUAAAACAAAUCCACCAUAGUUACACUUUAAUACUUCUGCUGUUGGCUUUUUCUGGUUAAAUCAAUAUUGGUGACACAAAUGUAAAUUUACAUACAGACACGCACACAUCCACAAACAAUGAAGGCUUGUAUCAAUGUUGCCCGCCCCGAUACACACACAUACACAAAGUAUAGACAUCAGUACAACAUUAAUAUUCUAGUUGUGUAAAUAUUUUGUUUGUGUUUUUCUUUACAGCAGAUUGACUUUAAAUAUUUAGUUUUGAUUCCAUGCAGGCUGAAGCAAAUAUUAUAUUUAUGUCUUAGAGGUUUUUCGGAAGUAAUCAAGAGUAGUGUUUUUGCUUCAUAAUAUCUUUUGAUCAGUUUUGAAAUAUUUUAUUGGAAUUAUACCUGAGAUUCUUAAAUAGUUGUGAGAUGUAUGAAGCUUCUCUGGAAACUGCUAGGGAUGUUCUUGAUUAUAUUUCCUGCUAUUUUGGGAUAAGGGUCGUUUUCCCUCUAAAUCACUUCUUGUGUUGGGUUACGUAGAUGAAUGCUGAAUUAAUUAUCCAUUUGAUCCCUUUUGUACUUUUGCCUUGCUUUUCAAUAAAUUACCCAAUGCUCCAAA